CUCACAAGUCUCAAAUCACUACUCCGUCCAUCUCCCGAUCCCCCCGACGACCAGAUCCCACCAGACUCGUCGUCGUCGUCGUUGUCGUUUCAGUUCCAACCAAUCCACGACUAUGAUUCUCUCUGGUACAAUCUGAACUCGACCCAACAAAAGAGACGACUCUACUGUGGAAAUGAACGUGAGCCACGGGUCGGUUCACCCAGUUGACGAUAUCCCCACCACAGACGGCGCCGCUGGCCCAAACCCGCCACGCGUCCGCAUGAAGGACCUCCCCGGCAUGCCCGGCACCCCCGCCGGCCUCGCCCUGCGCCUCUCCCAGUUCCUCUUCUCCGCCGCCGCUCUCGCCGUCAUGGCCUCCACCUCUGACUUCCCUUCCGUCACCGCUUUCUGCUACCUAGUUGCGGCUACAGGGUUGCAGACUCUGUGGAGCUUCUCAUUGGCCAUUGCUGACGUCUAUGCACUUCUAGUCGGGCGGUCCUUGCAGAGCCAUAAAGUUGUCUGCUUGUUCACUCUUGGCGAUGGGAUGACAUCCACACUAACAUUUGCGGCAGCCUGUGCUUCUGCGGGGAUUACAGUUCUUAUUGACAAUGAUCUUGAUAGUUGUGCCCAUAAUCAUUGUGCACAAUUUGAAACAGCUACAGCCAUGGCUUUCAUAACCUGGUUCACUGCUCUACCGUCUUUUCUCUUGAAUUUUUGGUCGCUGGCAUCCAGGUGAAUGCAUGUAUCAUAAAAGUUCUAGAACAGAAUGAUGGUUUCAGCCGUGUUGUACCACCCAGGUUCAUUGCUUGUGUUGUAAAAUUUUUCUUGCAUGGCAUUUGUUGGGAUGUGCUCAAUUCAAACUUGUAUUUUUGUGAAUACCUGAGGCAUGAUAAGUAUUUGGAGUGUGGAUAUGAGCUGUCAGUUAUUGCUCAACUAGGAGGUAAUUGUUUGGAUAGUUAGUCAUGGUGUGAUAAGCGUUGAUGAUAUGAAUGUACUAAGGCACACAUGAAGUUUGAAGAGACAUGCUCUUCCGUUUUCAUAUUAAUUUUUGUUUUGGC